AUGACUCAUAUUUUCAACAAUAACGAAUUCUAAGAAGAUUUCAUGGGCCUGUUCGACCAAAAUCAGACUUGUCUAAGCCCUAAAAAAUAGGAUUUAGAACUCCUAAAUGAGAGCUAGAUUAAUUUCGGAAAUUCUAUCGAUUUUACCGGACAUCAAGAGUUCGGAAUCAACGAAAAUCAAGCUCCAUGGGAAGAUGCAAACAUCGCUCCCACUCUUAUUUCACGAGGUAUCUUUUAAUCAGCUUAUUUAAUAGGAAAUUCUUACUAUGAGGUACCUAUUUCCAAGAAAUUUAAACUGAAUAACUCAGCCCAGAUUGGCUCAGCAGGCUUCGGGAGAGUACCAAGAGGUGCAGUCUUAUCUUCAACUUAAAGUGAUACCUCUCACAAUAUCAACAGCCUCUCCUCUAAACUCUCAAAUUAAAGCAGCGGAAAGGCCUCAAGCUUUAAAAACGAUGAAUCCUUGAAUAAUACAAGUUCUGUGGCUAAUGAAUAGAGUCUAACUCUAGAAUCCUAGAUUCUUAAUACAAUAACUGAGAAAACAGAUAGCCUGACCAAAACCAAUAAAAGGAUUAAGAAAUAGGAAUCAAAAUAAAUGCUCAAGAAAAAGUAAGUAUUAAUUCAAUUAUUAAUCAUUAAUCACAGGGAAUAAGCUGAAUCUAAGCCUGAGCUUACCAAGAAAUAAUCCAAAGAAUAAUAAGCUGCUUCAAACAAGAAGUCAUAAUAAGUUGCAGCUAAAGAAGAUAAGAAAAAUGCCAAAAAUAAGAAAUAGCAAUAAGCUAUCUCAAACAGUAAUUCGUAUGAUGACUCUGGAGACUUUGAUAUGUCUUAUGAGAAGCUUACAAACAAAAAGAAAGAGUACCUUUAAGAAAUAAUUGCUGAUAGAAACGGUGUCUUCAAUUAUGUAAAAGACCCUGAUGAAUACAAAAGAGCCAGAAAGAGAAUGCAAAAUAGAGAGAGCGCUGUCAGAAGUAGGCUCAGAAAAAGAUAUUACUAGGAUGAACUUGAAGAUAAAAUUUCUGACAUGGAAAAAAUUUAGAAGGACUUGAGUGAGUAAAAUGCUGGCUUAGCUGCCUAAAAUGCCCUACUGAAGAAACAACUUCAAUAUUUCGAAGAUGUUUUUGCUAAAUCUUCAUUGCUUGGAUUUGAUCAAGCUAGUCCUAAUGUUAAUCGUAACGAUUUAGAGGAAUUCUAAAGAAGUCUUCUGAGAAAGAUCAACUAAAGGUUCCUCCAUGAGAGAGAACUUGAAGUUGUACAAGAAGAUGAUCAACUUGAUAUGGUUAACUCUUCUAACUCUAGAGACAUAGAUGAUUUAGAUAUCAUCUCCACAGCAUCAUUGAGCAAGAAAAAUGAUCUUAGUUCUCUAAGACUUGCCAGAUCAAGAUCGAAUUCUAGUAACUUCUCAAAUUCUGGCUAUCUCUUCCUUGCCAUUGUCUUCUGUGUGAUGUGCUGUUCAUCUUUCAUCUCAAAUCCUUCUAGCCUCCUUAAACUUUCACAAUAAACAAAUAACCUUCAGAAAAUCCUUCCUCAAAUGAAAGGAAGAAGUCUACUUUUUGAUGAGACUAUUUCAAACAAAAUGAAUGAAAAGCAAAGCAUUUUAGCUAGUCCUCUUGAAGAUGAUUAAGAUGAAGAGAUGAUUGAGGUUCAAGAAACUGAGUAGAUUGGUGCCUACGAGAUCAUCAAAAUGUUACUCACAGGCCAAUAUACCUACAUUACUUAUAUGGUUAUGUCAAUGACAAGUUUCUUCUUCUGGAUGGCCCCUAGCUUCCACAAAUAUUCUCAAUUCUUCAAAUUUACAUCCAAUUAAAAUGUCACUCAAACUAAUACAGUGAGAAGAUCAAGCAAGGAGAGCUUUAUUAAUAGAAAAUAUAGCACAAGAUAAUAGGCUAAAAUUUCAGAGAGAAUCUCAUAAAUAUGA